GGCUCAGUGGCAGAAAAUUUCUAUUUUCAGUGUCGGAAUGUCUGCAAUAUCCAGAUUUCAGCUGUGUUGCUCUGUACAGGAAGAUUGUGAUAGGGUUUGCGUUUAUGGUACCUGACGUAAAACAGAAUGAGGCUUAUAUCUCCUUUAUAUUUACACAUCCAGAAUGGAGACGUGCUCACAUGGCAACAUUCAUGUUGUAUCAUCUCAUUCAGACAUGUAUGGGGAAAGAUGUCACUCUCCAUUGUUCUGCUACCAACAAUGCCAUGUUACUGUACCAGAAAUUCGGAUUCAAACCUGAAGAAUAUAUUCUAGACUUUUAUGACAAAUAUUUUCCUGCUGACACCACACAGUGCAAACAUGCUUUCUUGUUAAGAUUAAGAAGAUAAAAAUAAAAUAUGAUGUAUGACAAACUUA